AUGGACUACGAAGCAGUCAAAGAGCAAUGGAGCGAGGUGGAAGAUCGCGAUGGCGUUCGCCUUAGCUGGAAUGUCUUCCCCAGCUCUCGAAUGAUCAAACAGGAAGCAUCGAGACUAGUAGUGCCCAUUGGCGCUCUAUUCACCCCGCUGAAAGAGAAGCCCGAGACGCCUCUACUUCAAUUCGAGCCCGUCACAUGCAAGCAGCCUUGUCGAUCGGUCCUCAAUCCAUUCUGCCAAGUCGAUGUUCGUGCUCGAGUAUGGAUCUGCCCAUUCUGCUUGUCAAGAAACCAGCUCCCGGCGCAUUAUAAAGACAUCACCGCGAAUGCGAUUCCACCGGAGCUGCACCCUGCCAAUACUACCAUCGAAUAUAGGCUGUCAAGGCCUGCUCCUGCGCCACCUCUGUUCCUGUACGUGGUUGAUCUAUGCCAAGAGGAGGACAGCUUGUCUGCACUUAAGGAAUCACUCGUCAUGAGCCUCAGCCUGCUCCCAGAAAACGCGCUGGUUGGCCUCAUCACCUACGGCACAAUGGCCCAAGUCCACGAGAUCGGCUAUGAAGGUUGCGCCAAAUCGUAUGUUUUCCGCGGGAGCAAGGACUACUCCGCCAAGAAUGUCCAAGAUAUGCUAGGACUGUCUUCUCAGCCUCAAGCCGAAUUCCAGCUCACCAAGGUUUUGGAGGCACUACAAAAAGAUCCCUGGCCAACUGCCAGCGACCGGAGAAGCCUUCGUUGCACAGGUGUCGCUUUGAGCGUUGCCAUCGGGCUGAUGGAAUCAACUUUCCAAAACUCUGGUGGCCGCAUCAUGCUCUUUGCCGGCGGGCCUGCCACUGAAGGCCCCGGUAUGGUUGUCGGUCCGGAACUAAGGGAGCCGAUUCGUGGACAUCACGACAUUGAUCGCGAUAACGCCAAGUGCUACAAGAAGGCAUUGAAGUUCUACGAUAACCUCGCCAAGCGCACUGCUCAUAAUGGGCACAUUAUAGAUAUAUUCGCAGGCUGCCUCGACCAAGUUGGCUUAUUGGAAAUGAAGGGGCUUUGCAACUCGACAGGAGGUCAUAUGAUUCUCACUGACAGCUUCACAUCUUCUAUGUUCAAACAAUCAUUUGUCCGCAUAUUCGAAAAGGACGGCGACGAUAACCUCCUCAUGGGCUUCAAUGCAGUGCUCGAAGUGCUGACGACCAAGGAGCUUAAAGUCACUGGCCUAAUCGGGCAUGCGGUAUCUCUCAACAAGAAGUCGGUCUCGGUUGGUGAGACAGAAUGUGGCAUUGGUAACACCUGCUCAUGGAAAAUGUGUGGCAUCGACCCCAACUCCAGCUAUGGUAUAUAUUUUGAAGUUGCCAACCAAGGGCCGGCAGCUCAUCAACAGGCACCCCAAAAGGGAAUGAUGCAGUUCUUGACAUAUUACCAGCAUUCCUCGGGCCAAUUCCACCUUCGAGUAACAACUAUUGCUCGAAAUUUGAGUGGCCCUGCCGGAGACCCGGCUAUUGCACAGUCUUUCGACCAAGAAGCAGCAGCAGUCCUCAUGUCGCGGAUAGCUGUUUUCAAGGCCGAAGUCGACGAUGGCCCAGAUGUGCUUCGCUGGGUGGAUAGGAUGUUGAUUCGGCUUUGCUCCAGAUUUGCAGACUAUCGUAAGGAUGACCCGACGUCGUUCCGCUUGGAGAAGAAUUUCACCCUCUAUCCUCAAUUCAUGUUCCACCUCCGGAGAAGUCAGUUUCUCCAAGUUUUCAACAACUCGCCCGAUGAGACUGCGUUUUAUCGUCAUGUCUUAAACCACGAAGACGUCAGCAACUCCCUCGUCAUGAUUCAACCGACUCUGGACUCGUACACAUUUGAUCAGGACGGCGGCCAGCCAGUGCUACUUGACUCUGCGUCCAUUCAGCCAACCCACAUAUUGCUGCUGGAUACUUUCUUCCACAUUCUUAUCUUCCAUGGCGAAACCAUUGCUGAGUGGCGGAAGGCUGGUUACCAAGAGCAAGAGGGAUACGAAAACUUUGCUGCCCUGUUGGAACAGCCAAAGGAAGAUGCUAGAGACCUCAUCACAGAUCGAUUCCCACUGCCCAGAUUCAUCAUUUGCGACGCAGGCGGCUCCCAAGCUAGAUUCCUGCUAUCCAAACUCAACCCAUCAACCACCCACACGACGGGACCUUACGGCGGUGUGGGGGCAACCUCUGCCCAAACCAUUUUCACCGAUGAUGUUUCCCUGCAGACUUUUAUGGACCAUUUGAUGAAGCUCGCUGUUAGUGGCACGAAUUAA